CCUACAGGGUGUGUAUGUGUAUAUCUGUGAGUGAGUGAGUGUGUGUGUGUGAGAGAGAGAGACAGUGUAUUGAUAACCUGAGGGUCCCUCUCAGUGUGUGAAUCAGUCUGUGUCUGGUAGCCGAGCCUGUCGUUAGGAGUCCCGCUGCAUUCAGGAUGGCGCUGCUGGGGUUUGUGAUGCUGCUCUGCAUCCUGGGAGCUCAAGCCACUGUGGACUUCAGACAUGCUGCUGCUAUGGCUGCAGGACUGUGCAACACCAAGCCCACCGACCUGGUGUUCAUCAUCGACAGCUCUCGGAGUGUGAGGCCCUCUGAGUUUGAGCAGGUCAAAGUCUUCCUCAAUAAGGUCAUCGAGGGUCUGGAUGUGGGGCCCGACGCUACACGUGUGGGUGUGGUGAACUACGCCAGCCGGGUGAAGAAUGAGGUGUCCCUGAAGUCCCACAAGACAAAGGCUGGCCUGAUCAAGGCCGUGUCCAAGAUUGAGCCGCUCUCCUCCGGGACCAUGACUGGCCUGGCUAUUCAGUUUUCCAUGAAUGUGGCCUUCAGCGAGGCAGAGGGGGCACGCAAAUCCCCAGAUAUCAGCAAGGUCGCCAUCAUUGUGACUGACGGAAGACCACAGGACAAUGUGCGUGACAUUGCAGCAAAAGCCCGAGAGGCAGGCAUUGAGAUAUUUGCCAUUGGCGUGGGCCGAGUGGACAUGAACACACUGAAGCAGUUGGCCAGUGACCCCCUGGAGGAGCACACAGACUACGUGGAGAGCUACAGCCUCAUCGAGAAGCUCACCAAGAAGUUCCAGGAGGCCUUCUGUGCCUGCAGUGAUACUGCCACAGACGUGGUCUUCCUGAUUGAUGGGUCAAAGAGUGUGAGGCCAGAGAACUUUGAGCUGGUGAAGAAGUUUAUUAACCAGAUCGUAGACAAGCUGGAUGUGUCAGACAGGGGAACACACGUGGGCCUGGUGCAGUACUCCAGCUCUGUGAAGCAGGAGUUUCCUCUUGGGCGCCAUAACAGCAAGAAGGACGUGAAAGACGCAGUGAAGAAGAUGGCCUACAUGGAGCGCGGGACCAUGACUGGCCAGGCUCUCCGCUUCCUGCUGGACAACAGCUUCACACCCGGUCAGGGUGCCAGGCCGGGAGUGGCCAAGGUGGGCAUCGUCUUCACAGACGGCAGAUCUCAGGACUACAUUGGAGAUGCAGCAAGAAAAGCCAAGGAGAACGGCUUUAACAUGUAUGCUGUGGGAGUGGGAAACGCUGUCGAGGAUGAACUGAAAGAGAUCGCCUCUGAACCUAUUGGAGACCAUUACUUCUACACUGCUGACUUCAAAACCAUGAACCAAAUCGCCAAGAAGCUGCAAAUCAACACUUGUCCAGUGGAGGACCCCUGUGAAUGUGAUUCAAUUACCAAGUUCCAGAAGAAAGUGGAGGAGGCACUACAAGCAUUAACAAAGAAAUUGGAUGGAGUAACAAAGAGGAUCGCUGCUCUGGAGAACAAGAUUGUCUGAGAGAGCUUCGCCAUUUCUCACCACCCCUCACACCUUUUGUAAAAUACCGCUGAGUCACCUCCUGUGACCUCUACCCCUGUGCUCAUGUUCCUCCUCUCUUCUCCUCUACCUUUUUGCUUUCAUCACAAAAUUUGAUGAGGAUGAAGCACUGAUCAUCGUGAUGGUCCUGAUAGACCUGGUUCUAAUGGUACAGUUGUGUGAAAGGGAAGAUGCUUGUUCACAUCCAACAGUCUUUCCAGAAAUAACCGCUGUGCAUUAAAAUAAAGCUGAGAACUAUUCUUACGCCUGCAGGAACCAUUAUGUAAGAGAAUAUUAUGUUAAAUAUGUUCUCUGUCUCUAAACGUCUUUCACUUUAUCUUGAGCCCAAACGAAAAAGUAUUGUUUAUUUUAUAUGAGGUAUAUAUAUAAUGUUAUUUAAUAUAAAACUGGACUGGAAAUACAAGUGUGAGUACUGGUUUAUUUUCUGAAAUAAAAUACUCCGGGAAAAACAAUCUCAGUAAUUAAACACACACACACACUGACAAACACACACACACACACACACACACACAACACUAAACAAGCAUUUAAAGACCAAUCAGCUUGUUCCACUUCAAUAAAUAUCUGCCUUGUGUCUGUAA